CAAAAAUUUUAUAAAUAACGAUUCCUAAGGCAACUUGGAAACCAGAAUUCGUUAUGUGUUGAACGAAAAUUGUUUAAUUUUCAAAACAGACACAAAAUUAAUUGCAAAAACUAAAUAAAAAAAUGGGCUACUCAGCAAUAGCAGCACUUUACCUUAUUCGAGUGCGAAAAAAAUAUCCCGAACUCGAUGAUGAAAUUAAAGAAAUCCUAGCCGAGCACACAUCAUGCGAAACAAGUAUAAGCCUCAGACAAUUUGUGGACAAGUAUAAAAGCCGAACAGGCAAAACUUUUCCACUACAUAUGUGCGCCAUAAGAGCAACAGAAUUCCUCGUGAGCGUACCAUUUACUGUGGCAUAUCGCAAAUCUGGAAUGCCGUACUUUUUUAGAUUGCCAAACAAGGACGUUAGUGGUGGGGCACAGCCUAAUUGUAGCGAUAUUUGAAAGUUUUCAAUACGCACACAUCCAUACAUAGAAAUAUAUAAGUAAAUGUAUACCUGGUCUUAUAUCUUACAGCCGAAGCAACAACAUUAGAGGAGAAGAUAAACAAUAUGUAGGAGAUCACUACAGACCCACCCACGCCCACUCAUAUUUAUUUAUAUUUGUAUACACACAUAUAUAUAUUAGGUAUAUUUCGUUCAUC